CAGGCCCUGUUCAGGAUGGGGAACCAUGCAGGGAAGCGAGAGCCCGGGUUCGAGAAGGGAGGCAAGGUUGGGGGCACGAGCCAGGGAGACGAGGUGAGGAGGAGCACCCAGGCUCUCUCUCGGGAUGCCUCAGAAGACAGUGAAGUGUUCGGGGAGGCAGAUGUGGACCGGAACAAUGGGGGCUCAUCUCAGGGCGCCGCCGUGACUGCCACAGCGGGCCCCAAGAAUGCCUGGCAGGAUGCCAGCCCAGCUGACCCCAGGAGCCGCCCCCACUUGGUCCGCCUCUUCUCCCGCGAUGCCCCGGGCCGCGAGGACAACACCUUCAAAGGGCGACCGUCGGAGUCGGACGAGCUGCAGCCCAUCCCCGAAGACAGCAGCGCUCAGCAGCCCGACACCAUGGCCCAGAAGAGACCCUCGCAGCGCUCCAAGUACCUGGCCUCGGCCAGCACCAUGGACCACGUCCGCCACGGCUUUCUCCCACGGCACCGGGACACGGGCAUCCUGGACUCCUUGGGGCGAUUCCUCAGUGGUGGCCGGGCGGUGCCCAAGCGGGGCUCUGGCAAGGUCCCCUGGCCCAAGCCCAGCUCCCUGCCCGGCCCAGCACGCCGCCCGGCCGGCCUGUGCGCCAUGUACAAGGACACGCAUCACGCAGCCAGGACCACCCACUAUGGCUCCCUGCCCCAGAAAUCCCAGCGCGCCCAGGAUGAGAACCCUGUUGUCCAGUUCUUCAAGAACAUUGUGACCCCAAGAACGCCCCCUCCAUCGCAGGGAAAGGGCAGAGGACUAUCCCUCAGCAGAUUCAGCUGGGGAGCUGAGGGCCAGAAGCCUGGGUUCGGAUAUGGAGGCCGCGCAUCCACGGCUCACAAGGGCUUCAAGGCCCAUGAUGCCCAGAGUACACUGUCCAGAAUCUUCAAGCUGGGAGGAGGAGGCAGUCGCUCGGGAUCGCCCAUGGCUCGACGCUGAAGACUCCCACAUCCCUGAACCCCUGCGCCCUGUCCUGUGCUUAUUAACAACCUCUGCCUUCUAACAGUCCAUCCUGCAUACACCUUCUUACAAGCACACUGGGGGCGCCCGCCCUACUCACACCCCCACAUCCAAGGCGCAGCCAUCCCCACUCUGCAGGGCCACCCUGCACCCCUGAACCCGCCUGGCACCCGGCUUUGGAGUGUGUCCGUGAGGCUGCCCUGCGGGACCCCGGCUUUCUGUGUUCCCCUUUUCCCAUCUGUCUUCCCCACUUCCCAUGUUUUCCUUCGCUAUGGGGUGGUGCAGGCGUCACUGAGGGUUUGGUACGUGAGGCGCGGCCAGCAGCUGAGAGGAGAAGGCCAGGUGGGCGCGGCAGACGGGCACCGCGCCCCAAGAAGAUGGAGUGUGAGAGAGGAGGCAGCGGCCUGCAACAGGAACAGGAGCGUCUGGGGCCGUGGGGCAGCAGGGCCCGGGUCUGCCCAGAGCCCAGCCGGGACAUGGGGGAGCCGCAGUGCCCGGCGGCCGGCUGGGGGCACUGCCCAUGGCAGGCACUCACCUGAGAGCGAAUCUGGAGGGAACUGCCGCCCCACCCCGGCGCCGGGAUGGGCGGAGAAGAGCUGGUCUAACGCAGCUGUACCCUAAUGUACUGACCUGACUCCCUUCCCACCCAAGACCCGGCUCUAACCUAUCCUAACACUGCCUGCUCGGCAGAUCCACAGCCUGUAAUCCGCAGCCUCCAGGAGGAGAGGCUGAGACACACUGAAGAACAUUCCAGAAAUAAACCCUCCUGCCUGUCUAGAGGCAGGAUGUUGACGGACUGAGUGACCUCCCGAUGGGGACACCCUCACCGCCAUCCCAGGAGGCACCGUGUCCAGUGGGACCAUAAUAAACAUUACUGGGACCA